CGCUCUCACGCUCCCUUAUUCGCUUUUACUUUCAGGUUUGAGCCACAGCUGCUACUUUCACUUCUUCUUCAACCUUCAUGUUUCAACAACGCCUUUAUAGUUAAAUCUACAUUUUACCCAUUUUCUGAUAAAACCCUAAUUUGAUCCAAAUGACCCACUUGUAAAUUUUCAAUUUUUUUUUCAACUGUAAUCACUUCAACCCCCUAUAUCUGGAACAAAAAUGGCAGACACGGAUCCGUCCAAAAAAGUGGCCGAUAGAUAUCUGAAGCGUGAAGUCCUUGGUGAAGGUACCUAUGGAGUUGUGUACAAAGCCAUUGAUACCCACACAGGACAGACAGUUGCAAUUAAGAAAAUUCGGCUUGGCAAGCAAAAAGAAGGGGUAAAUUUUACGGCCCUCAGAGAAAUUAAGCUUCUUAAGGAACUCAAAGAUCCAAAUGUUAUUGAAUUGAUUGAUGCAUUCCCACAUAAAGGGAAUUUGCAUCUGGUGUUUCCAUUCAUGGAGACGGAUCUUGAAGCAGUCAUACGAGAUCGAAAUAUUUUUCUUUCACCAGCUGAUACGAAAUCCUACCUUCAAAUGACACUAAAAGGUCUUGCUUUUUGCCACAAGAAAUGGGUUUUGCAUAGGGAUAUGAAGCCAAAUAAUUUAUUGAUAGGAUCUAAUGGACAGCUGAAACUUGCAGAUUUUGGUUUAGCACGGAUGUUUGGAAGUCCAGAUAGAAGGUUCACUCAUCAGGUUUUUGCUCGGUGGUAUAGAGCUCCUGAGCUAUUAUUUGGUGCCAAGCAAUAUGGUUCUGGGGUUGAUGUUUGGGCUGCAGCAUGUAUAUUUGCUGAACUUCUUCUUCGUCGACCUUUUUUGCAGGGUACAAGUGACAUUGAUCAAUUAGGAAAGAUUUUUUCUGCAUUUGGCACUCCAACAGCUUCUCAGUGGCCUGAUAUGGUAUACCUGCCUGAUUAUGUCGAAUACCAAUAUGUUCCUGCCCCCCCUCUGCGAUCUUUAUUUCCGAUGGCAAGUGAUGAUGCUUUAGAUCUGUUGUCAAAGAUGUUUACAUAUGAUCCAAAGGCUAGAAUUUCAGUGCAGCAGGCACUAGAGCAUAGGUACUUUUCUUCUGCUCCUCUACCUUCGGAUCCGGAGAAGCUCCCCAGACCUGCUCCUAAGAGGGAGUCUAAGGCUUCUGAUUUCAAUUUACAGGAGGGUCCUACUGUAUUAUCACCUCCAAGGAAGUCUAGGAGAGUAAUGCCAGGACGUGAUGGGUUUGAAGGAAAUUCUCUGCAAGCAGAUAAGGUUGAUGACAGUUUUGGUGAUUUCAGACAGACAACGGAUGAUAAUACAGGCAAGAAUGAAUCAGCUCCAAUGUCUGUAGAUUUUUCUAUCUUUGGAUUAAAACCUCCAAAUAGACCUACAAUUAACAGUGCUGACAGAUCAUAUUUAAAAAGAAAAUUAGAUCUAGAAUUUCAACACCCAGAAUGAAUAUUCUGUGGCGGAUGCAUUCACACAAGCUUAUGGAGGGUAAAAUACAUUUGAAGACUUGUUAGUAUGUCAUUCUUUAUCUCUGUUUCUAUGUGUGAAGCUACAACAAAUAUGUAACUGAAGAAGUCACUGAAGAUUAGUUGUAGUUCAGAUGCCUAAAAGUCUGCUAUAGAGAAAAGAAAAGAAAAGAAAAAGGAAAAAUUAUAAUUACCACACACUCACACUGGUACCCCUUGUACAUUUUUUGUUCUAUACAUUUUCAGAAAACUAGUAUACUUGAGUUAAUGGAAGAUAUUCAGUAUGAUGGCAUUUUCACGAGAGUGGCUGUGUGUGGCACUUGAAAAAAAAUAAAUUUUGGGGGAACUUGAUUUGAACACAAAUUUGUUAUUUAACAUAAGAUUUUUUCAUAUGCACGUGGAGCGUGUAUUAUAUGUGCUUUAUUGGGUGCUUCAGACAGGUGAAUUCCAAUUUUAAUUGAUUGAAUGAUUUUUUGUUUU